UACUCCAAGCUUGCCUUUGAGUUUGAGCUUCUUCUUCUCCUUCUCCUUCUUCGCCUUUACUCUUUCUCUUGAUCAUUCCAAAACCUCUUUCUUUUGGUAAACUCUUAAAAACAACCAAAGACAAUGGAAAUGAAAUGGCUAUUAACCUCGGCUUUCACUCAAAUGUUUGGCUACUCAAACCAAAUCAGUCAAACCAGCAACAGCCUAAGCACCCGCAACAAAAUAAAGAUGAUGAAGAAAGAGGAAUACCCAAGAGGGUUUCAAGUUCCUCUUCACUAUCCUAAAUACUCCAAGUCUGAUUAUGAAGCUAUGGACGAUCUCAGCCUUGACUUGCUCCUCAAACAAUAUGGAAUCUCCUUCGAAGGAUCUCUUGAAGACAAGAGGGUCUUUGCAAUGGAGUCAUUUCUCUGGCCUGAUCAGCUUUAGGGUUUUUGUAUGUUUGGUGUCUGAAUAUCCAAAUCUCUCUCCCCACAAACGUCCGAUCGUAUCAAGUAGUCUCAUAUAAUUAAAAUGUUUCAGAAUAAUAAAUCACCAUAUAAUAUGUAUCAAUCAAUUAGUAGUAGUCAGUAAUCACGUUUGUGUGUUAUAUGUAUGUAUGUGGUAUGGAGAAGUUUUGAAGCAUGUAAUGUACACAUAUGUAACCACCAUGAGUGCAUUAAUAACAUCUUUCAUGUAUUAUAUUCUAAA